GCGCCUGCGGGCGGGCGCAGGGUGCCCGGGCGGCCCCGGCUCGCCCACCCGCGCCGCCUCGGUCGGCUUCUGCGGGCAAGUUUGCCGGGCCCCCGGCUGGCGGGCAUCCUCGGCCGGCCCGCAGAGCCCAGACCCGUCGGCACACAGAAAACUCGAGCUGAAGGAGGAGGAGGGGAAGCGUGCCCGAGCUGGUCCGGGAUGACAGUCUCGCUAAGGGCAGUGGUGGCCUCCUGGACACCUCUCUUGGCCCUUUCCCAGCCAGGUCUCAUGGACUAAUUGGCUCUCAUUCAGCAGGAACCUAACAUAUAAGCCAUCUCUGUAUAUCAAGACAAUGCUUAGUUUUAGAACUGCUCUGAAAAUGAUUAAAGCAGUAUUUCGAUGUGACAUUGUCAGGGGGCAACAAACAGCUUGAGAAUUUUCUAUCAAUCAAAUAGCAGCUUGAAGGGCACCUGUUUCCAUUAAAUGGUACUGCAUGGCAAGCAGCCCCCACUAAAGGGUUGAAAAUGAGUGUCCCAGUGGCUCCGAAGAAAUCAUGUUACACUCAGUUGCGGGACAACAGAAAUGGAGCGAAAAAUAAUAAUGAGAGUCUCCUAAGUCUGGGAGAUACAAAUGCCAAUCAGAUCUUGUUGGAGGUCAGUUCCUCGCAUGAUGAGUCUGGGCCAUGUGACUUGAUAGAUGAAAUUGGAAAUGCAAAUUCCAGUGAGCCAGAAAAUAGUGCCCAUUUCCAUGCGGAAUUCCACCAACUUCAGGGCUUUGGGAAAGGACCUCAGGCUGGCCCUACCAGCUUGAAAGAUUUUAAAUUUUCUUUGACUGUUCGUAAAGAAAUAAAUGAAGAGCACACAGUGGAGAGAGGCACGGAUAUCCUACAGACCCCUCGGAGUAUUCAGGGACCAAGUCUGUCAAGCUGGAGGAAUGUCACGGGUGAGGCCGGUCCAGAUGUUUUGGUUAAAAAGGAUGCUGAAAUUCCCCGGCAUGUUCCCAAAGAUAAAUUGGCAAAGACCCUGGACAAUGAGGAAUUAAGAAGGCAUUCCUUGGAAGGAGUAAGCAGUUGUGCUGCUACAGGGGACAUGCUCGUGAAAGAGGGUGCUGGGAACCUGACUGGGCAGCUUCCACAGCCUGCACUGCUGGGCGCCCCCAGCACCCCCUACCAUGUGCCCAGAGGCUGGGAGGGGCCACAGAAGACAGGGACGGCCCCCUCUCUAGGGGCAGCUUUUCCUCCAGUUGAUGGUACCUCAGAGGGAAAGAGUGUGUGUCAUCCUAAACCAUCUACCUCAGAAACCAAGGAGAACACCCCCUUAGGGACCCAGAUGCAGGCGGCACGUGCACCGAGAGUUAGCGAUGAGAGCAUAUUGCAUUCUGCCCAUCCAGAGCCUGGCCUGAAUUCACCUUCAGCAUCAAAGGAAGCCCUGAGUAAGCCCGAAGCACAGUUAGGUCCGGGGAAGGGAGAGCCCAGGCUGGAGAUGGAGUUAGAGUCAAUCCAACCCAAGGCCGUGCAGGACUUAGAGUCACCCCAGGCAGCGUGUCUGGGAAAUCCUAAGGAAGACGUACCCCUAGAGAGAAAGGAGCUGUGUGGGGAAGUGCAGCAGGAGGCCACCGCCGGUGCCCUCGGCCGUCUGUCCCGCAGCAGUCUCCUCCACACUGGUGUGGGGAGGGGCAGGGCAGAGCAGGAAAAGAGAGCAGCCAGCCUGGGGGAGGAAGGUGUCCUCCAAAUGGCCCCUGGACAGGGUCCUGCUUCCUUGGGAGCUGCAGAUAAUCAGCCCACUGGCACAGUGUCACCAAGUGCAGCUAGGAAAUUGGGUGCAGUGGCAUCCAGCAGCAGCUUACCAGGUGGUAGUCAUGCACCCCUCAUGCCCGAUGGUGGAACGGACAGCAGGCCCUCAGGCAUCAGUGAGGAGAGAGUGGUGCCAAGCGGCAGGAGCACGGACAGUGCCGCAGGUUUCACUUCUGAUCCUUCUGCAGCGGGCAACCCUGGGGCCUCUGAGCUCCCCGACCCUCAGAGCAGCAGCCCUGGGGAAAGCAAAGAGAUUGCUACGCCUGUCGCUGAAAAUGGGAACCUUCUAGAAAAUGCAGCCAGGACUGAAAGCACCCCAGGGAGAGCAGAUUGUCUUCCUCUCCACCCAGAGACAACUGUGAAUGUGACCCACCAGCCGACACCACCCAGCUGCAGUUUUCAGGACUUCGGUGUGUUGGGUGUAGACUCGGGGUCACCGGCUGUGGCCCCACCUCCCACCGACAGCACGAGGUUGUUGAACACGCCCCCGAAAGUGCCUGACAAGAACAUCUGCCCCAGCAGGGUCGUCAACCCUGUCUUCACACGUCCUGAGGACACACCUUCCUCACAAGGGGGGCUGGAGGACCACCAGGUUGAUAAGGCAGAAGAAAGGACAGAACCCAGGCCCAUCAUUAUGCCCAAGCCAAAGCACGUGAGGCCGAAGAUCAUCACCUACAUCAGGAGGAGCCCUCAGGCCCUUGGCCAGGUGGACGCUUCGCUGGUGCCAGUGGGGCUUCCCUAUGCCCCACCCGCGUGCAACAUGCCUCUUCCCAAAGAGGAGAAGGCACGUGGUGACCUGAAGCCGUCUGCCAGCCUCUAUGAGAAGUUCAAGCCAGACUUGCAGAAGCCAAGGGUCUUCAGCUCUGGGUUGAUGGUGUCUGGAAUCAAGCCCCCAGGACACCAUUUCAGUCAAAUGAGUGAAAAGUUUUUGCAGGAGGUUGCAGAACACCCUGGAAAAGAAGAAUUUUGUUCCCCUCCCUAUACUCACUAUGAAGUUCCUCCAACUUUCUAUCGAUCGGCCAUGCUCCUCAAGCCCCAGUUGGGAUUGGGUGCCAUGUCGCGUUUACCAUCUGCAAAGAGCAGGAUCCUGAUUGCGAGUCAGAGGUCUUCAGCCAGUGCCAUCCACCCACCAGGACCCAUAGCGACAGCAGCCAGUCUCUACAGCUCUGACCCUGCAGGUAAUGCACUCAACAAUCGCUGCUUUUUCCUGCUGUACUUUUAA